CGGUAAUGCACCAUGUCGGUUCAGUAGACUCGACAGAAGAAGCUGAAGAAGCAGCACAGUCCCUCCAGAAGCUGCCGGUUCGUCGUCCUGUGUGCUAACCUGGUUUCGGCUUUGUCUUAAAAACAGUAAGUUGCAGCAAACAUGUCUGCUGGAAAAGCUCAGAUCGGCCAACCUGCCCCAGACUUCAAGGCCACAGCUGUAGUGGAUGGAGCAUUUAAGGAUAUCCUAUUGUCAAAUUUCAAAGGGAAGUAUGUGGUCUUGUUCUUUUACCCGCUGGACUUCACAUUUGUGUGCCCCACUGAGAUCGUGGCCUUCAGUGACAGGGUUGACGAGUUCCGCAAAAUAAACUGUGAAGUGAUCGGUGUCUCUGUUGACUCUCAUUUCAGUCACUUGGCUUGGAUCAAUACGCCGCGAAAGCAGGGCGGUCUGGGUAACAUGAAAAUCCCUCUUGUGGCAGACCUUACAAAGUCCAUCACCAGAGACUACGGCGUGUUGAAGGAAGACGACGGUGUUGCUUACAGGGGUCUGUUUGUGAUUGAUGACAAAGGCAUUGUGAGGCAGAUCACCAUCAAUGACCUGCCCGUAGGUCGGUCUGUGGAUGAGACUCUGCGCCUCGUUCAUGCCUUCCAGCACACUGACAAAUACGGAGAAGUUUGCCCCGCAGGCUGGAAACCAGGCAGCGACACCAUCAUCCCAGACGUCGAGAAGAGUCAAGCGUACUUCUCCAAGCAGCAGUAAACGUGAACAUUUCCAUGUUGACCUCCUAACUAGCACUAACCUUCAGAUGACGCUCAGUUAUGUUGCAUAGUUGGUUUAACGCAGUGUUGGCCAAUAAUCCUUCAGGAAAAACAUCUGUACAUCUUGCCCCC